AUGAAAGUGGCGUUUGCAUUAUUUGACAUCAUUAAGGCGAUCUCGGUACGUCUGGUGUUGCUGAUCCACAGCUUGUUGGCAGUGUGGAGGGCAGUCAACAUCAACAACGAUACAUUUUACUGGUGGUUCGCUAUCGUGGAUGUCGCUCUUGUUCUGGAAGGUCUGGUGGUCGUAGUUGUGAGAAAAGGCAUGGAAUACAAGUGGUGUUGCCCGUGUUUCCUACUUUACCUUGGUGGAACAGUCCCAGCAAUAUGGCUUUUGGAGCUGGACAGAAGAGAACGAUUCAUUCAAAAUAUUCUUCCGGUUCCGGUCACUAACGCCACAAACGUGACAGAAACCACUACAUCUAACUACGAGUUAUCUACCUUAGCAGUACGGACAACACCUGCCAAUACUAUCAGCGUGUACGGUGUGACGAUACCACUGACCAUCGAACUGGAGCCGGACACGUGGGUAGUGAUUAUAGAACAACUACUCCUUUACUUUAUGAUACUCGGUAGAUGGAUACUUCCUCGAGGUAAAAUUUCCCGGAACGAGUUAUCUCAGCUGCUUUUUGUUUUUAUUGGAAUGGCGUCAGAUAUUACUGAGCUUUUUGCUCUGUUUGACGAAGCACCGGUCCGAAAGAGCCUCGAAUUGACGUACGUCAUUUUGAUUAUGUGGUCAGUAAGCCUACUCCAGUUCUGCUUCGUCCUCACUGCCACAAAGAAUCCUUCUCGUCCCCGUGUGGCAUUAGCGUCUAAACGGGACAUGCGUAGAAAGCUGCACUGUUCGACCUGUUACACCACGGAGCUAUGGAGUAUAUUUGUGCUGAUGAUGAUGCAGGAUUUACCUUUCUUAGUAAUUCGUACCUACACCAUAAUCUCUCUUAAUCUAAUUACAUAUAGCAUCAUCUUUUUUACGUCUAAAAACAUUCUUAUUGUUCUUCUUCUCAUCUACCGUGUGGCUGUCAUAUGCUUCGUGAAAAAGGAUGACGAUGACAACGAUCAAGGAAAUACAUCAUCUACAGCCGAAAACAAUGUUCAGAGAAAAAACAAGACAGAUGGUCAUCUCGAAAGUAUAUCAGUUAUAGAACACAAGAACCAUUACACACCUGUUAACAAACUCAGUCAUAACCACCUACCCACUCAUCGCUUACAUCUUCCUACAAAAGGGUAUACAUGGAAUGGCUAUCACAAUAAGGGAGUUAAAAUAAAUCCUCAUAUGCUGACACUCUCUGCCAGAAAACACCAUAUACCGAAACAAUACAUUUACCACAACUCUAGGAAUCUGGGUAGUUUGUGA